ACAGUCUGCCUAUUGUUUCUGUUUCUGUCUCAACAAAGAACUCUGGUUCUUCAGUUCUUCGCUUCAUCUUCAUCCAGUUUUCUCUUUCAUCUUCAUAAAAAAAUGGAUACAGUAACUCUAAUCUGUACUGCUGGUUUCAUAAUCGCUGGAGGAUUAUACUGGUUCGUUUGUGGUUUUGGAUCAGCAGAAGUGAAAGGAAAAAGAGGUAUAGAUCUAUCAGGAGGAUCAAUAUCAAGAGAAAAGGUUGAAGAUAAGUAUAAACAAUACUGGUCAUUUUUCUUGCGUCCUAAAGAAAUUGAAAAACCUGAUAAAGUGCCUGCUUUUGUCGAUACUUUUUACAAUCUUGUUACUGAUAUUUAUGAAUGGGGUUGGGGUCAGUCUUUUCAUUUUAGUCCUUCAAUUCCUGGGAAAUCACAUAAAGAUGCAACAAGAUUACAUGAAGAAAUGGCUGUAGAUCUAAUCGAUGUUAAAUCUGGUGAUAAAAUAUUAGAUGUUGGAUGUGGUGUUGGUGGUCCUAUGAGAGCUAUUGCUUCUCAUUCUAAAGCUAAUGUUGUUGGUAUUACUAUUAAUGAAUACCAAGUUAAGAGAGCUAAGGCUCAUAAUCAGAAAGCUGGGUUAGAUUCAUUAUGUGAAGUUGUUUGUGGUAAUUUUCUUAAAAUGCCAUUUGGAGAUAACACUUUUGAUGGUGCUUAUUCAAUUGAAGCUACAUGUCAUGCUCCUAAACUUGAAGAAGUUUAUUCUGAGAUUUUUAGGGUUUUAAAACCUGGAUCUAUGUAUGUAUCUUAUGAAUGGGUAACCACUGAUAAAUAUGUUGGGGAAAAUUCUGAACAUAUUGAAAUCAUUCAAGGAAUUGAAAGAGGUGAUGCUUUACCUGGGUUAAGAAGUUAUGAUGAGAUUUCUCAAAUUGCUAAAAAAGUUGGGUUUGAAAUUGUUAAGGAGAAAGACUUAGCUAGACCACCAUCAAAUCCAUGGUGGACAAGGUUGAAAAUGGGCAGAUUUGCUUAUUGGAGGAAUCAUUUGGUGGUUACUGUGCUUUCUGCUUUGGGGAUUGCUCCUAAAGGAACUGUUGAUGUUCAUGAGAUGUUGUUUGUAACUGCUGAUUACUUAACCAGAGGUGGUGAAACUGGGAUUUUUUCACCAAUGCAUAUGAUUCUCUGUAGAAAACCAGUUUCUAAUUAGAGAAAGAAGAUCAUCAAAAGAAACAUAGUUCAGCAGUAGGGGAGGAGAGUUUUGGUAUACUUCUUCAUGUUAUGCAUGUAGUGAAGUGAAUCAGUUAUUAUUCUACUGAGGCGUGCGGUUUGUGUAGUAUGAAAUUAUGAACUGAAAUGCAAUAAAGGAGACUAGGAAAUGUUUCCCAUUGAUUCUCACACUUUUAGCCUCUGCUUGAGAUAUUGAGAUGUGCAGAGGACUUAAAAAGGAGAGCAUCCUUGUCUAUCAAAGGCUUGUUCUAGAUAGGAUGGGAUUCGGCUCACAUGAGUAGCAAACAGGGAAGCAGAUAUAGGCAUAUAGGGAAGCAGAUACAUGAAUUCUUUUUGCUCUCAUAAGUUUCAAAUUAUGUAUGGCCUUGUAACAACAAAUGCUAUUUCUUGAACUAGUUAGCAAUUUGUGGAAACCAAGUCUUCAUGCUAUUUCUUGAACCAGUUAGCAAUUUGUGGGAACCAAAUCUGAAGACAUAUUACCAUUUCUCAACUCA